AUGGAUCCAGACAGCAGUGGUGAGCCUAGCGUCCCCGUGAUCGCGUACGAAGACGGCAAGACGCUGAUGGCUCGAGGUCCAUUGGUGCUGCACGAGCACAUGGCCUCGCGUCUGGAGCGGUCGCUGGGCAAGACGCUGCCCCAAAUGGAGGUGCGCUUCAGGGAUGUAUCCAUCUCGGCCGACGUCGUGGUCAAGGACAGGAGCAACCUCGAGGCGCAGCUGCCGACGCUGCCGACCGAGAUGAUGAAGACGCUGCAGAGCCUCACGGCCAAUCAGCACACGGUGACCAAGCGCAUCCUGCGGGACGUGAGCGGCGUACUCAAACCGGGGACCAUCACGCUGGUGCUGGGCCAGCCGGGCUCGGGCAAGUCGUCGCUCAUGAAGCUGCUCAGCGGGCGCUUCCCCCAGGACAAGAGUGUCUCGAUCGAGGGCGAGGUCAAGUACAACGGCACGUCGGCUGCGGAGCUGCGCGCGCGUCUGCCGCAGCUCGUGUCGUACGUGCCGCAGCGUGACAAGCACUACCCGGAGCUGACGGUCAGGGAGACGCUGGAGUUCGCCCACGCUGCGUGUGGUGGUGGUGGGGAGCUGUCCGAGCGAGACGCGAGUCACCUGGUGAACGGCACGCCCGAGGAGAACGCGGAGGCUCUGAAGGCCGCGCGAGCCAUGGCCAAGCACCACCCGGACGUCGUGAUCCAGCAGCUCGGACUCGACAACUGCCAGCACACGGUCGUGGGCGACGCCAUGCUGCGAGGUGUGUCGGGCGGAGAGCGCAAGCGCGUGACGACGGGCGAGAUGGCGUUUGGUAACAAGUACGUGCAGCUGAUGGACGAGAUCAGCACGGGGCUCGACAGCGCCGCCACCUUCGACAUCAUCACGACGCAGCGCAGUCUGGCCAAGAAGUUCCGCAAGACGGUGGCCAUCUCGCUGCUGCAGCCGUCGCCCGAGGUCUUCGCGCUCUUCGACGACGUCAUGAUCCUCAACGCGGGCUGCCUCAUGUACCAUGGCCCGUGCGAGCAGGUGCUGGCGUACUUCGAGUCUCUCGGCUUCAAGUGUCCUCCGUCGCGUGACGUGGCCGACUUCCUGCUGGACCUCGGUACCGACAAGCAGCCCAGUACGAACAAAAACUCGCGCUUGGACACGCCGUUCCUCUCACCCCGAGAACUGGAGGAGCCUGCGAGUCCCGAUCUCGUCCAGGACAUGAAGACGCACAUGGAAACUCAGCACGAGUUCUCGCAGAGCUUCUGGGCCAGCACAUCGCUGCUCAUGAAGCGACAGCUAACCAUCACCAAGCGAGAAACUACAGCUCUGAUCGGGCGCGUGAUGAUGAACACGAUGAUCGCGUUACUCUGCUCGAGCGUCUACUAUCAAUUCGACAUGACGGACGCUCAAGUGGCCAUGGGCAUCAUGUUUGAGGCGAUCCUGAACCUAUCCGUCGGCCAGGCCGCCCAGGUCCCAACGAUCAUGGCAGCGCGUGAUGUGUUCUACAAGCAGCGAGGCGCCAAUUUCUUCCGAACCGCGUCCUAUGUACUGUCGAAUUUCGCCAACCAGGCGCCCCCAAUUGUCCUGGAAUCCGUGAUCUUCGGGUCAAUCGUCUACUGGAUGUGCGGCUUCGUGAGCAGCUUUUGGAGCUUUCUCGUCUUCUUGGUGGUGCUGACCUUGACGAACUUCACGCUGGCCGCGUUCUUCUUCUUCUUGGCGUCUGCGUCGCCCAAUCUCAACGUGGCCAACCCGCUGUCCAGCGUCUCCAUCGUGUUUUUCGUCAUGUUCGCGGGGUACACGAUCACGAAAGACCAGAUUCCGGACUACUUGAUCUGGUUGUACUGGCUCAAUCCGGCGUCGUGGGGUGUCCGCGCGCUUGCCGUGAACCAGUACAUCAACCCGCACUUCAACGAGUGCGUGUUUAACGGCAUCGACUAUUGCACCAAGUACGGGAUGACAAUGGGCGAGUACUCGCUCACCACGUACGGGGUGCAGUCCGAGAAGUACUGGUUGUGCCCGGAGAAUAUCACACUGGACUCGGAGACCAAGACGAAGCCCACAGACAGCUACUUUGCCACUGCAACGCCACGCAGAUCGCCGUCAGUUGCGUUGCCAGUUCAGCCAGCGCAUGAGAGAGCAUUCACGCCAGUGACUGUGGCGUUCAAGGACUUGCGGUACACGGUUCCGGACCCGACCAACCCGAAGAGCACCAUUGACCUGCUCAAAAGCAUCUCUGGAUACGCACUUCCAGGUACGAUCACGGCGUUCAUGGGCUCUUCCGGCGCCGGCAAGACGACGCUCAUGGACGUGAUUGCUGGCCGCAAGACUGGCGGCAAGAUCCGCGGACAGAUUCUGCUGAACGGCCAUCCCGCCACGGACCUGGCCAUUCGGCGCUCCACGGGGUACUGCGAGCAGAUGGACAUCCACUCGCAGUCGUCGACGGUCCGCGAGGCGCUGACCUUCAGCGCGUUCUUGCGGCAGGGCGCCGACAUCCCGGACGCGCUCAAGUUCGACUCGGUGAACGAGUGCUUGGACCUGCUGGACCUGAACCCGAUCGCCGAUCAGAUCAUCCGCGGCAGCUCCGUGGAGCAGAUGAAGCGCCUGACGAUCGGCGUGGAGCUGGCCGCGCAGCCCAGCGUCUUGUUCCUGGACGAGCCCACGAGCGGCCUGGACGCGCGGUCGGCCAAGCUCAUCAUGGACGGAGUGCGCAAGGUGGCGGACACGGGGCGCACCAUUCUGUGCACGAUUCACCAGCCUUCAGCAGAAGUCUUCGGCGUGUUCGACAGUUUGUUGCUGCUGAAGCGCGGAGGCGAGACGAUGACCAACUACUUCGAGUCGAUCGACGGUGUGGCCAAGCUGAAGGAGGACUACAAUGCUGCCACUUGGAUGCUGGAGGUGAUCGGCGCUGGCGUGGGCAACGACAAUGGAUCGCAGACGGACUUCGUGGAGAUCUUCAAGUCCAGCGAGCACUUCAAACGUCUGCAGUCGAACCUGGACCAAGAAGGCGUGACACGACCGUCGCCUUCGUUGCCCGCUCUGGAGUUUGGUGACAAGCGCACAGCAUCGGAGUUGACUCAAGCCAAGUUCCUGUUGAAGCGCUUCUGCGAUCUGUACUGGCGCACAGCGUCCUUCAACUUGACUCGUUACGCCAUUUCGCUGGGUUUGGGCCUGCUCUUCGGUAUUUCGUACGCUGGAGCGGAGUACAAAUCGUACUCUGGCGUCAACUCGGGCAUGGGGAUGGUGUACUUGACCGUGGGGUUCAUCGGCCUGGUGUCGUUUAACGGGUUGAUCCCCGUUGUGGCUGAGGAACGCGCCGUGUUCUACCGCAGCGAUGCUACGGAGAUGAUCUACACCGAGAAGCGUGCCGCCGACUCCAAGACGCAGAUGAAGUUUGUGGUGUGGCGCUUCAUCGUGAUGUACUGGCCCAGCUACUCUCUCACGCGGAUGUACCUGGCACUUUUCUUGGCGAUUGUCUUCGGCCUGAUUUUCGUCGACGUCGACUACGCGUCGUACUCGGGCCUGAACUCGGGUGUGGGCGUGGUGUUCGUCGCCGCGCGCUUCCAGGCCAUGAUGACCUUCCAGAGCGCCUCUUUUAAAAAAAGACGAACGGGCGUGGCGUACCGGUUCAAGAAGGCGUCGGGGAAAAAGAAGGCGCCUCAACCUCAACCUGAGGCUGAGGCUGAGACCUCGACGCUCACGAAGCCCACGACAGCAGCAGAGCGGAAGAAAAUCAUUCGCAAGUUGAUGCCUCAGGUGCGCGCCCACCAGCCCAUUGACUUUGAUGAUUUCGGGCAGCACUGCAUCCCGCCUCGCGACGGACGCACCAUCCAAAAGAUCCUCGACAGGUACCUGCAAGGCAAGUUGUGGGGCCAGCGAGGUGGGAAGUGUGUACCCGAGCACGAGCCUGUGCGCGUUCACCGUCAGAUUCGUGACUAUCAAGCUAAGGAUCCUGAAAUCUCGUUGCGCGUGAUCGCCGGGCUGCUGGGCAUGCUGUGGUCGACGUUCUACUCGAUCUACCUGAAGGUCAAGUUAAUCCCGUUCUCCAUGCUUCUGUUUUCGCGUGACAACCCCGAUUUCCGCGACAUCUACCUACGUCACCUCAGGCUCGCUACCAAGGAGAUCCGUGGCUCGCUCUUCGCCCUGACGGACCCAGGGGUGAUUGCUAUCUUCAUUGAGAAGUCGAGGACGGUGAAGGUCACAUUGCUACUUGACUGGAAUAUGGUGUUCUCGACGUUUGAGCUCCCUGCGAUCCGACAGCUAAUGGAGGCUGGUGUGGACAUUUACGUGCCUAUCGCGAAAGGGAAGACACAGCAUCAAAAGAUGAUUGUCGUGGACAACAUCAUGGCGUCCACGGGCUCGGUGAAUCCGUCGAUCAAGGGAUUGGAGAUCUCGCUCGAGAACGUCACCCUGCAUUUCGACCCUGGCGAAGCGCGCCCAAGUGGCCAAGGACCAUGGCCGAAGACGAUCAUGAUGAGCGCCAUUGUGAUCUACAGAUCGAUUGCGGAGUCAGCGCACAACCUCAUCGGUUCCUACGAAGCCGACUACAGCCGGGUCUACCGCUAUAUUGUAGCUGAUGCAGUGGCUACUCAAGAGGCUACAGAAGAAGCGCUCCUCAUGGAGUGGCUACACCGGAGACUACAGAAGAAGCGAAAGGUUGGGCUCGAGUGGCUCGAAGCUGAGGAGAGGAAGGCCUCGGCGGCGCGGCAGCGCCAGCAGGUGGAGCACGCUAGCGAGGGACUCACCGAGCAAGAAGACCAGACGACACUUGCAGACCCCACCCACGUCGAACUGGUCAAGUCGGCGCGCCGCGCACGGAAAAACCAGCGGGCCCGAGAACUGGCUCAAGAGAGGAAGGAAGCCCGGCUCCGCAUUAAAUGCGCGGCGCAACUGGAUGAGGACGACAACGCCCAAUGCAAGGCAUGCAAGAAGAAGGGGAGUUUCCGGUAUCUGACGACUCAGAAAGGUGGCGCGAACUGCGCAAGCUGCGGGAAGAAGAAGAAGCCCGGCGACGGGGCCGUGAUAUACAGAGAUUGUCGCCCCAAGAGGAAUGCUAGCGCAAAACGCAAGAGGAGCGAGCGCGAUCCAGGCAUGUGCUGCUCGUGCUUCAAGCGCAGGUGCACGAAGAAGAACGAUGACACUAUGUCCUCGCGCUGCCGAGAGUGUCUUGACUACAAGCGCGACGUCUCAAGCAAGUAUCGCCAGAAGAAGUUGCGCGAGCGAGAAGAGAGCGCGCUGAAGCUCAUGAAUGAGGCACGCGAGGCAAACGAGAAGCGCGAGCGCGAGCUAAACGAGGAGCGCAACCGCGUGUUGUAUACUGAGCAUCUUGCGCUCUGGUACUUCGUCGGUAUGAGCGUCAUGGAGAUCCCGUACGCUAUCGUCGCAGUGUUGCUGUUCCUGAUCCCGUUCUUCCCACUCAUGGGCUUCACUGGCGUGGGCGCCUUCUUCUCGUGCUGGCUCGUGCUGUCGCUGCAUGUGCUCCACCAAACGUACAUGGCGGAACUUGUGGUGUUCUUGCUACCAAAUUUGGAGGUUGCGGAGAUCGUGGGGGUGCUGGUGACGUUGAUCAGCUACUUGUUCUCGGGCUUCAGUCCACCGGCUUCGACUCUGCCGUCGGCCACGGUGUGGCUGUACAACAUCACGCCCAUGACGUACAGCCUCGCGGCCUUUUCGAGUGUGGUCUUCGGAGAGUGUUCAAGUGGCGAUGGCCUCGGGUGUGCGGAAAUGACGAAUGUGCCGCCGUCGCUGCGGGAUGGAAUCACGGUGAAGGAGUACCUGGAGACCAACGUUUUGAUGAAGCACAGCGAGAUCUGGAGGAACUGCGAGAUCCUGGAGGACGAAGAGAGGGGAUAUUCUGCGAACAUCCCCGGCCUAGACAAGGUUUCGAACGCGUUGAAGUCCAGCAAGGUCAAGGAGCUCCAAGGGCUGCUCAAAGCCGACGAAUCUCUCGCCAAUGCCUUCAAGAAGGUGAAGCUCAGCACUAUGCCAAUUGGCAAAAAUGACUUCGUCGAGAAGAAAAUGGUGGUGAAGUUUUUCUCGAGCCCAAACUUCAAGGCCUGGUCCAAGCACGCCGCCACGACGAACCCGCAGAACCCACAAGCCGCGAUGCUAACCGCCCUCACGAACGUAUUUGGCGAGAAAAACGUCGCGACUAUGAUUCUACUGGGGAAGCAUACUCAGAGCUCCAAGAGUGUCGCGAAGAAGCUGGAAGCCGCACAGUUCGAUGCAUGGAUUACUCAGGAGAAAAUGCCGGAUAAUGUUAUCAAGGACGUAAUCAGCGUUGCGUAA